AUGACCAACCCUGACCCCGUUCAUUUCUUCGACCUCUUCUCCACUCAACCAGGUGCUUCGAAAUCAUGGUCUCACAACACUUUGAAGAUUCGAACAGUGCUUAAUUUCAAGGGCAUAACCUACACUCAGAGUUGGAUCUCCUACCCGGACAUCAAGCCCCUUCUCACCAGCUUGAAUGUGCCGCCUAAUAAACAGGGCAGACCAUACACGCUGCCAGCAAUCAUUCACAAGUCCUCAGUGACUUCAAAUCCAGAUGGAGCCAUGAUGGAUUCGCUUCAAAUCGCCAUGCACCUUGAUAGGGUAUUCCCGUCCCCACCGCUGUUCCCAUCCGGUGACGCCAGCUACACACUAGUAGUCGCCGUGGGCAGAUUGUUGAGUCUUUUGGAGCCUGGGUUCAGACCAUUUAUCAUCCCACGCGUGGCGGAUCACUUGGAUCCUCGUGGACAGAGGUACUUUCACGAGACACGGUCUGCGGCCCUUGGAAAACCUUUGUCAGAAGUGCGGCCCACUGACGCGGAGAGUCUGGACAAGCUGUGGAAGGUGAUUGAGACCGAGUCUGCGACCCUAAUAACAAUGCUGAAAGGAAGAGGGGGAAAGAAAGGUCCGUUCUUCGAAGGCGAAAAGCCUGGAUUUGCGGAUUUGGUAUAUGCUUGCGAACUGGCAUUUAUCGAGCGCUUCGAUAAGGAGCUCUUUGAGAGGAUCAUGGGCCUGGGAGAUGGGGAAAACAGGGCUCUGUACAAGGCUUGCUUGCCCUGGUUGGAGGGCCAGGGUGAGGACAAGGGGUGGCCGAUUUCCCAGGCUGUCUAA